AUGCCAUGGCAACCGCCGUUUGUCCACACGGGGUCCGCCUCUCCAUUGUCUUUCGGGGACCUCUUUCUUUCUCCGGAGCCCGCCUUCGAUAUUCUUCUCAGUACCCGAUGGAAUGGCCAGGCCUCGGCUCUGGUGCAAGCCGAGCUCGUGGGGUACAAGUACGGCCUUACGGCCCCACGCCCGUUACGCACUGCAAGGGCACUGUUUGCAGGUAUUUUGGUCGAGAGGUUUCCAAAGCAGGCUUGCCAAACCCUGGUGCAGGAACUAGCAGAUGCCUCAAUGCUGCAAGAACCGGCUAUGGAGUCGUUCGCCGCAAUUCAAGGAACUAAGAGCAUUGCUGUGCUGCGGCGACUUUUUGAAAAGGUUGUCCACACUCGACAACUGGUGCCAAUUGCGGAUCAAGCGCGCAUCAAUGACCUUCGCGUAUUGUUGGCAAAGGAAUUGAGAUAUUUGGUGAAACAUGGAAACCAGGCCUGGUCGGACAGACUAACAAGCUUUUAUGAAGCGGAGCAGUUAGCCAGAAAGAAGCUGGCCGGGAGAUUCAUGGAGAAUAUGCAGACUGUGAAGGAGGACUACGAACUUCGAGUCCUUGUGAGGGCAGCAGAAACAUCGGAUGUGGGCAUUCAGAAAAUGUUUCUAGUCGAUGUGCUAAACGAAUUUCCGAACGUUCUUCUCGAGGAAGACUUUUUUUCUCCCAAGCUCCAGGAUUUUUUCUCCAGCGUCCUGCAGUAUCCACGUUCCCGGGUUACUAUGGAUAGGGAGGCUAUGGAAGCUCUGUUACAGACCCACAUGCAGACUAAGGCGGCGAGCAGCGAGUCGCUAACGAAUGACCUCUUCAAGCACGUCGUUGACAAAGACCAAUACUUUCACUCCUUGGCCAAAUCAUUGUUUGUUGAAGUGCUUACGCUGGUGUGGAACUACUACUACGAACACAGUCAGGGGAUGCUUCAACUUCUUUUUGAGAAGAAAGAUGCAUUCGAGUUUCUAGCGGAGGAGAUUCAGCGGCUGCCCCAAAUGAGUGCAGCAGCAGACGUAGGGCCUGAUGCCAGUCGCCAGGGUCGCGUCGAGCUUUCUGGUGGUGCUGACGCCCGGAAAGCCUUUGCGUUGGAUGCGUUUGGUUUCGGAACCAUCCUUCACCUGGCUACUUGGCAGACAACAAACAAUUAUGGGCAUUUGGCCGUUGUUCAGGGAAACUGCCGCUUCGCUUAUAUCGCGGUGACGCGAUCUGAAUCGAAGAAGUCUGCUUUGGAUCACUCUGCAGUUGUAAGCACCCGAUUCGACGCCACAUUUCACGCGCCACCUUCGGUCGUUCUUUCUGGAACCUUCUAUCGUACCAAGAAGUCUUUCUCGUCGGCUUUGUACCGUCGUCUGAAGACUUGGGAUAGUCUUGGAGAUCCGCGCGAAGAGAUAAAGAUCAGACACUUAACUGCAGCUAUGGCGACAAAGCUCCGCCGCGAAGUGCUAGAGGCGCCCGACCAAAACUUACAGGCUACCUGGGAUUUCGCCUCUCUGUUCGGACAAAAAGAUGCAGACUUCACAAGGGCCUUCAGAGGUGCGGCGGAGACAUGCUUUGAGAGCAUGUUUGUCAGCGCCACGUCAUCGCUGAGGCCGCUGUUCAACAUGGAGUUGGCACAUCUUCUUUCUCGACGGAAUAAUCGCACAGGUCAAACUGCUGCUCGUCACCCAAAGGAACAAGCCAUCAGAGAUGCUCUGCGCGCUAGGCUUGCGGCAGAACGUUUGGAGGCCUCCAAGAAAUUUGCUGAAAGACUCCGAACCAUUGCAGACGACCCUAACCAAAACGUGGUUUCUUUCCGGAUACAGCCGACGCUGAUCGGGACGAUUCUCGAAGGUCUCUUCUUUUAUGGAUACGACGUACUGAACUCUAUCGAACUGAUCAGCAGUAUCCCCGAACUGAGCAACGUGCGGAUUGCUCUGCAGAUCAACAUUCGCGGGCUCCUGGCGCUUCACCGACUUCUCAACCGGUCUCCACUCACUCGUCUAACCUACAGGGUCGCAAAGGACCUCCGACUGUAUAGUCCUGUCGGCGCUCAGGACUCCAUGCGCCGCUCUUUCAUCUCUCGUCUCAAUACUGUAAUGAAACUUGCCUGGCAGUUCCACUCACGCAGCUUUGAUAAUCAAAUCGACUUGCUGCCUGCUAAUGACCUCCGAACGAUCCGGGAAAAACUUGUUCAUGCGGGCUUCGAAUCCCCCGUAGAGACACCUCGGAAACGAGCGCUGUACGGUCCUGGCGCUCUGCCAGAGACGUUCGACUCCUCUGGAUUUACCACCGCCUUCAUUCUUGUCGCAGUAGCAGAACUUCAAUCCGCUCCGAUCGAGUACCUCGACGAGGUGGGCCGCCUUUUCUCUGUCAGUUGCCGCAAGUGUACAAGUCAACGUCAGAGCUUCAUCGCCACAAGCAAAGGUCUAGUGCGCGUCCCGCAGCCGGGACUGCCUGUCGCGUCCCUCUCUCUGCCAUCGACUCCCCCAGAUCAUCAGUUUUCGGGACUUAAGAUAUGGGAGGCCCCAAGAGCAUCUGUGAUAGUGCCCCGUGCGCCGCGGCCUCAUCAGGCGCGCCGAAUUCUCGGCCAUAUCCAGGCCUUCGUCGACGCUGAGCGACGUGUUUCUCAUCUGAACGCCGCGGUGACUGAGGCAGUCAUCGCCGACGCUGAGCUGCCUGAGCGCCUGAACAUCUGCACAACACUAUCGCGAAGUUUUCCUCAGUGUCUUGUGCAGCCGAUUCUGAACUGUGACCCUGGAGACCAGUCAUGUAUCCGCAGAAUCGACGCAGUUUCGGCCGAGUUUGAAGACAUGUUUGACAGAUUAUGGCUGGAAAUAAGUAACGCACGCUUUGCGCCAGAGCGCCUCCGCGCCGAAGCUCAUUGGCGUAUGCUGAGGCCGGCUGUCGUCAACCUUGUCCGUGCAAAUAGUCCCGAACUCACUCCAGAGGAGUAUCAGUUACUGACAACGACGGAUCCGCAUUUCCUACAAUCAGCGGAGGGCCGGACCGCCGCAAGGAUGCUUUGGAUCCGGCUAACACUCAAGCAACCAAAACAACUUUCUGCGGCCGAGUUCACUCGCCUGCAGGUCUCGUUCGAAGAAUUCGGCCAGGGUGCACCUGCCCCCUCAAAGGCGAUUCAGCAGAUCGCAACUUACUACAAGAACGAGAUAGAUGCGGUCGCUAGCGACACCCAGCUGGGCGGCCAGGCAGAGGCGGCACUUGAAGCAAUUACGAACAAGUCUCGUACAGAAUUUGCUUCACUUGGAAUACAUGAAGCUACAGACAAGCGUUUGCUGAAGCGUGUGCUUUUGGAUCUCUACCAUUUUCGUUAUGAUUCCCUAUUCGACUUUUUGCUCGGGUCGUUGUCAAGGACGGCGGAUUUCCCCCCGGCUUUCCGAUCCUCUGUGACAUCAUGCUUGUUGGCGGCCAGGAAAAACGAGCUUGAGUUCAACCGUAUGAUAAGCGAACUAGAGCACCUUAGUGGCGUUCCUUCUCUAACACCCUAUACUAUCAAAGAGUGUUUCGCAGCGGCUGCCGAAGUUGUGGAGGCUGAGGCUCAGCAGGCCGGGGCGCGUGCUCCCAUCCCCAUGCCCGCGCAGAUUUCUGUUUUGACGAACAACACGUACUUUUUGCUUUUGACGUUCCACCGCUGUAAAACUGUUUUUGAGGCACUGGAAAAGUUUCGAGCUCUUCGCCGUCCUCGCGAAAGCGAGCUUUUGGAGACAUCCAAUCUCCAGCAGCUGACAGAUAGCGUUCGGGUUCUGACAAGAGCCGCAUUCCGUGGUCUUCUUCGCCGGACACCAGGUUUUUGCGAGUUUGCGUACGCAUUGGUGGCUGCGCGAACCCGGAAGGAUCUCUACAUUUUAGAGGCUCCAAGUCGUCGGAAUUCUGCAGGCAGAAUUCUUCGCAUUGGCGCGGCCUCCACCGGACUUUUCAACACGCGUUCUAGUAGAAGCGUUAGCAUUCUUUGUGUUCCUUAUUGCCACAUCUUGGGGCAAAACAGAGGAAACAAUUUCAAUCUCGUCGAAGCCAUUGCUGGAGAGGCGAAGCGGCAAUUACGGGAGCGUGCAGUUUCGCUCCGUCAACUCGUGAGCGACAUUGCUCCGAAACUCAAAUUCUUAGAGGAGAUUUCGUACACAACGCUCCGUUCUGCUGGAAAACUAUUGCCAACCCAGAGCCGAGUCUUCGUUCCCGCCGAAACCGCCAUAUGCAAGGAACAAGAGAGCCCGGUGUCCGGCGUGUUCGUGGUCCAUGAAACAUGCGCACUGACAAAAGUAUCGAAGGAAUUUUUUCUAGAAGCGCUCAGCGUGACGAUGGGCAUCGGACAACUCAACCCACUCACAUGGCUGCGCUUCUGGCUGGCCGGUAACGAUGUGCUUCUCGAUCUGGCAAAGGAGGCGCUCCGGGAUAAACUUGCAGAUACUAACAAUUCGGAGACAAACGGCCUGGAGGGAUUUGUGAAGAACCCUGAGUGGCGCCGGAUGGUGCCUUACAUCUACGAGGAGGUUGUGCAGAGACUGAACAACUCUUUAUCGAGCUUCCGAGAAAUUGCCAAGCUUCUUCGAUGGAUCAGACCCGCAACACGAGCUGUGAAGAGGUCUAUUGCGAACCUGUUUCGAUUUUUCCGGCCAGUGCGAAAAGAGAGAAAGCAGAGGGAAGGAGCCAACGUUGCUAAAGAAGCAAAGCCCUUCACAAUGGAGGGCGUCUUGGACACGGAUUCAAUCGAGCACCUCCCGGAUGUAUUUUUUAUGAAGAACUGGCGUGCGUUCUCCAUCUGCAUGGACAACGGGGAAGACGGCCUUGAGUUUGCUCCUGCAUAUCGCUUUGCCACCGCAAUCGGCACGAGUCUGAAAGCUGCCCAGCGGUUCCCCACAGAGACUUGCGUGAUGUAUGGGUCCGUUCGGGGACAGCGUUCUGUCAUGGCGACAUUUAAUCGCAUGGCGGUGGAUUAUUUCAUCGGUAAAGGAGGCGUCCACGAUUCUGUCAAGCGGUUGAUCGAGCAGAUGCUGGUGGCUAUUCUUCAUGCGUGCGACCGGUCGAACUCGUCCCAAGAGUUGGUGACCUUCUGCGACUCCGUUCGCGCCUGCCGCGGACCCAACAUGAAGAAAAGCCAGAUGAGAUUUGCUGAGGUGGAAUGCAUCAUGAAAUCGGUACAAGAUGUCCUGGCGUCAGAUCACGACCCACGCCGGCUCGAAGCUCUUCUCAAUGUGCUCACUGGCAUUUUUGAAGAACUUGGUCACCGAGUGGCCAUCUGGAGUCAGCCGCUGGAGAAGCUGUUUAGUUACGAGCCCGCAGUAAAAAGCGUUGCCGAUUCCUUUGCCAUUCAACUGAUUGUUGGCCCGGGGGGUCCAGCCGCCACGGAAGGUGGACCUCCAGGCUGUGGUCUGUACGUGGUCUCGCCGGCAUUCACACUGAAAACACACCUGGAGAUGGCGUCGCGACGUCGAGAGGGGGCUGGUGCACCAACGGAGAGCUACUCUGCUGAGGCAAUAGAGGUUCUAGAGGUUUUUCUUCAAGAGCAGGCUGCCGCCGUCGAGGCCGUUCGAUACGUUUCCGCGGCGCCAUUCGAGUCUCUAUCUGCGAUCAUCGACAAGAUCAUAGCUCAUCCGGAUCUGGAUUUGCCCAGCGUUCUGAUACCGGCACAGCUACCCAAAGUGCUUGGACCCAAUCCAGAAAACGAAGAAAUCAUCAUGCAGCAAAGCGAAUUUCUCGAUGACGUUUUCCGGCCGCGUGUAGCGGGGUCGAUUGUUGAAGCCGAGAUCCUCAGAAAUCUCACAAUGCGUCAAGCUCUCCAUGCGUGCAUGGUUACGCGAAGUCCGUGUAUAAACGAGCUACAGGAGCUCAAGAGGCGUGUGUCGGCCACCCUGACUCUCUGUCGGGAAAAAGCGGAACAGGAUCUGGUCCUUGGGAUUAGGCGAGGGCAGCGCACAAAGCUUAUUUCCACGAUUGAGGAUGUCCAUCGUACCCUCUGCACCAGUGAUUCUUCCGGCGGGAGUUGGCAACCGUCGAACAAAGCCGAAGUCGCUUUCCGAGCCUUGUCCAAGUUCUACGCGCCUGCUGACUUCCACGCGAUGUACUCGGGGAUCUUUGAUGCUCCACUACCUGCGGUUUCAAUUGACUUGGAAGAUAACCCCACAAGAUCUGUUGAAAGCAUCAGGUCGAUGCUGACACUGCCGCAGUGGUCCACGAUCCUGACCAAACUCACUAAUGACGUCGCUGCCGCGGUGGGAUCUUCGGACCUAGGAGCUAACGUGGAUAUUUUGGAGCAGAUGCGAUUGUUCAAACGAACAUGCUUCGACAUCGCUCAGCGGCGUCUACGCGAUUCCCUGGCUGUCAUACAGAUUACUGUGAAGAAAAAUGCGCCAUCAUGGGCGUCGGAUAUCGAGCUUGAGUUCGAGCAGCGCGAGCGCCACAAAAAGCAAAUCGUCACUUCGGUCCUCAACGAUUGCUGCACCAGGGAUAAGUUCGCCCACCAGGGAGCGACCACUGCUGCUCACCAGUUCAUCCAGGGCUUGCGGUCACAAGGCAUGGCCGCAGAGUGGGCGGAAGUCUUCCAAAAUCUGACGGACAACCGCCUCACGCAUAUCGCGUGGAUGCAACAAGCAGUGAAUAUUGACAUACGAAAAAUGGGAGAGAACGAACGGGGGAUGGCGCAGAGCUGCCAUGAACCCAAAUUCUGGAGGCUCGGUGCCGCCGCAUGCACGUCACUGUUUCUCAAGCGCAUGCGGUCACGAGGUUUAAAACUGGCAAGGUACACUCCUGUCACCAAGGCCGAUCUGGAGGACAUGACUCAGACCUACGAGGAGUGGAUGGACAAGGCGAGGAACGUUGCGCUUGUCGAGAAAAAAGAAGGUCUCAGCGUCAUCAAGAUCGACCGAUACGCGAACGCCGAAGCUAAGGUGUGGGUGCGCAUUGCAGAGGCUCUCUACAUUCGACCCAACUCCACGUGGGCGUCAGUUCGCCAGGGGAUCAUCAACAGCAGCGACGGAAUCUACCUCUCCGUUCUUGGGAGGAAGAAGGCGUACCAGCUGUUCGGUGCUGUUCAAGGUCUUCAUCGAGCAGUGUCGUACGUCAAGGAACGGCACUUCAAUCAGUUUGGAGCCUUUUUGGUGACAGAUGCGUUGGUGCACCGCCUCAGGGAGCAAAAGAUUUUCGACAGUGGCAACAGUGCCCUUACCAUCGGUAACAUAAAACGAAUUAGGGCAUUCGCCGAGUGGAAGCGGAAAGUUCUCCUCCUGAAAGUCUCCACAGAGAUGAUCCGGACACCGGUUCCCGUAUCUCUCGUUCAAUCGAUGGGUCAACACAAACACCUUGUCCGCCUCCUCAGGUGGUUUUCGAAGAGCAAAAGCAUGAUGAACAUGAUUCGAACCUCAGUGCUUUCCAUCGUGCGUCUGGCCCUGACGCCAGCUCUGUUGCGGCUUGUGAAUCCUUGGAAGACGGCCAAUACUCCCGACCAUUCUGAUGCUUCAUCAGGCGAUGUGGCGCCUGCAGUGAUCACCGGCCUGGUGAUGGUAAGCAUUUUUUUGGACAGUUACUUCGGCGUGAACGUUCCACUCCUGCUGGUCUUGUUGCCGCCCAUUAUUUCCUUCGUCAAAUCGUACUCGAUGAAGAAUCUGCUGGAGCAAAUGAUCGACAACCUCGAGCUGCCGGAGCUUGCAGCUAAUAUUCUCGAACCUUUCUUGCCUCAGCUCGAACAGUCUCUCGUCCAGUGCAUCCGGGACUACGUCACAGUUGAUUUCCUGGACGGCAUCAUCCGCCAGUAUCUGAGUAGCCGCUUCAACCUCGACGCUUUGAACCUGGCCUCAAAAAUCAAAGACAUCGCCGAGUUCCUCGUCACGUUCACUCGCAAACGCGCCGCGGUCAUGCUCAUCACGCUGAAGCGGUAUUUCAUCACGCCGACGCUCCAAGACUACGUGCGUACUUUGAAAGACUUUGUCGUCAGUGUCGUGACCAACGGCGCUGACGCGAUCGCCCACCAGCUGCUGUACCGGCCGCGGAAGCUUCACCCGGCCAUCUUUCUGUACAUUGUUCGUGGCACUUCCUUGAUCGACGCCGUGGGACUGAAGGAUUUCUACGAAGUCGUCCUCGCCGUGUUCCGGGACCGCGCCCUCGCCGCGAUCAAUCCGACGAUCACAAUUUCUCCAGAAGUCACAGCGGGGCUGACGCGUUUGGAGAAGAUCAUUGCCUUCGGCCUGUUCCCGCCAACGCAUCCGCUAAAUCCCUUGGGCUUUCCCUCGCUCACGGAGAAGGCCUGGCAGACGCACACGAACAAGUACAGACUGGAGGUUUUCCCGACGGCGCGCGUUGCGGUCACAGGUUUCGUCGGCGAGCUUCACUUGACCAUCGUGCACGGCCAGAGAGAGCUCGCCCACAGGUUCUGGAUCAAGGAUGUGAAAGAUAUGACUCUGCGGCAGCUGAAGAAACUGCGCGGCGUCGUCAAAAAUCAAGCGCUCACUUUUGAGUUCAGGCGACACAAACAACAGCGUCAUGCAGGCGAUAUCGUCGUGCGGCACCCUGUUAAGAAGGUGAAGUGUACACUCUCGGUUCGCUUUCCGUCACUCUUCGCUGAGGCUAUUCAACACGGGGGCCUCAUCGAGGAUUUGAACAGCACGAUUCCGGGCAUCAUCAAGCACUUGCAAAGCAUAAGCUCGGAGGGCCUUGAAGACGUCUUGACUCAGCUCGCGACGCACCUCCCAGGCAUUGAAAACCCUGAGGCGCUCGUGAAGGAAGCUGGGAAAAUGAUCGAGCGCAAACUGUACACGCACUUGCUUCUGUACGAGUACCUCUCCGAGCCGAACUGGUUCUCGCUCGACUUUGCUCUCACGGUGACGCUUCCACGCGAGGACGAUGCCGCGGCUGCUGCCGGACCGACAUCUGUCGAGGUGACUGUUUUGGUUGGAGAGCAUCAGGUGGCCAAGAGCUACCUCGUAUCUCUGUUUGAUCAUCAAACCCAUAUCACUCAACUCGACAGGACCGUGAAAACUCGCUGUGGUGUGAAGGCGACAUUCCUCCAGCGUCUCCAGGGCGGUCUGGGCUUCCAUCGCUCCAAGGAAUCCACGACAAAGUGUAUCAAGAUCGUCGAGUUCAGCACUGACACGUCAGGCCGCUCCUGGUUAUCCCUCAGCUGGAACAGUCCCAGUGGAUUCGUGAGCCAGCGCUUUUUGGUCACGCCAACGAACAACCCGGACAUGACGAAAACCGUCGAGCAACCGGCCGAGCGACCCUUGUCAGAUGAGAAGCUGGAGGACCUCAGAACGCGCAUUGCCGCUGCAAGCGCUCAUGGAGGCAAGAGCUACGACCUCAUCCAUUGGACGGCAUUCACUGUCCUUUUCAGGAACUCAGUCGUCAAUGCAUAUUAUCGACGGCAGCGACGGGACUUCCGGCGCCAAAUGUCGUCGACAAGUGACUCAGGGAAGAAGGUGUUUCGGGAGCGUGACUACCUAGACAGCGAAAUUUUUGGGAAGCCACAGGCGUCUCUCAAUCCUGCCUGGAUGAUCAGCCUCGAUGCACUGCUGCGCCAACCCAAGUAUAACACGCUGGUGGACAUGUUGGGGGACAAGUUGCAGCUUUUCAAGGAAGCGCUGGGACUUGCGUUGUCGAAUAUUCAGGCGACCAAGGCGGACACUCUGGGGUCAGAUGUCGAGCUGCUCACAGCGGAACGUCUGGCCCAGCCUUGCCCGGAAGGCAUGCGGGAAACGGUGGAAAUGCGUAACAUUUGUGAACAGAACAAUGGCGUCUGGGGUUCGCUCUGGAUUACCGACCGCAACUCCCCGCUCCUCCACUACAUUGGGAAGAAGAAGAUGAAGACGCCAGCGCUCUUCAAGUACUGGCCCACAGAAACGGUGGAGGCGUCAGGGAGGUAUGCAGUGGGCGAUCUUGACGAGAUUGAACAGUACAUGCACAGCCGGAACCCCCCGGUGACAGUGAAGAUUGUUGCUCUGACAGUCGUCAGCCAGCAGCUGCUCUUGCAGCUCUACGACAACUUCCUCGAGGCGGAAGCCACCGGCCGCGUCAAAGACACUAAGGAAAAGUACCAGGUUCUGAAGUACGCACACAUCAGUCUCUUGCGUCUGCUGAAGACGUACACGUCUGUGUCCCGUGGUGUCCAGACCGAGUCCGUUCCUGAGGUGCUCCGGAACGCGGGUCAAGCUGUGCUCAAUUCUGUAGAGCCGGCUUCCGUGAUGACGGCGGAGGAAAAGUACAGCUGGUCCAGCAUGCUGGAAGCCCACGCCGAACAGGUCUACAGAGACAUGGAGAUUUGCUUUGGCCUUCGAGAGCUAUCCUUUACGCUCAAGACGCCGGCGACCGGAGUAAUGAACGGCGGCCGCCCGCGCUACAUGGUUUACCUGAUGACCAUGCUGCACCAGAAUCCGUAUGCAGAGGGAACGGGGUUUCAAUCUGCGCUUCAGGACACAGCCAUCCGGCGCGGCUGCUCCGCUUCGCCUGUGAAUUGCCCGAGCCCGGAGGUGCUCUGGAAUCAUGUGUACACUUCGUUGCUCGUCAUGGUUCAGCUCGCGCCUCACCCGGCCAUCCUGGAGUUCCUUCUCGCUGCCCGGGACCUCGAUUUUACAGGAAGAGACGACCCUACGGAACCCUUGAGCUUCGUUGAAGCCAUGUCGCUCAUCCAGUACGGCUGGAGUAUCAUUGCAAAGUGGAAGAUCACCCCGGAAGUGGAGCACUACUUUUCAGGCAAGGUUGACAUACAGUGGAUCCGGCGGAUGCUUUCGCUUUUCGACGACGACGAGACGCUUCGUGUCCUCAUCGUCCUUACACCGCCGCUUCACUUGAAAACGACGGUUCUGCAAAAUCCUCGAGCCAUCCUUCAGAAAGCCACCUGGAACGCCCUGAUUGCACUCUGGGGAUUCCGAGGCGCCUUCGGCCGCUUCGCAUUGGAGGUUCGGAAUGGAUGGCGGAGACAAGUGGAGUCCGGGGUGCCGUAUGACAUGGCAACAUCAGAUAUGGAUUCGUUGAGAAUGCCAUUUCCGGUUCGCGACUUCAUCGAGGUCGAGCUUCGCGAACUCAUGGCUGAUCCAGAAAAUCCGACGACGCCAGUCUUGAUUCUGGAGAGUCCAGGCCUGAAGGUGAUCGACAAAUCGCUGCUUGAACUGAUCCCCGUUGUUCGCCGGACAGGCCAGCUUCCCCUUUCCCAUCCCUUGUUUCUCCAGUUGAUGGGGCAGGUCCGCAGUUAUCUGCACACGCUGCGCGCCACACAAGGCGCGAAGUUUGCGACCGAGAAGUUGGCGGACACAGCUGUCCGUACGCGUUUUCUGUCGAUAAUUCGCGAGGCGGCUCUCAAGGCUGCGUUCAUGCAGCAACUGCAGCUAGAUCUUACACAGCGGAUCUUGUGGAGUCGGCACCAGUUCUUCCACAUCAACAACAUGGCGAAAAUAAGCGAGGACUUCACCCUCAAUGGCGUGAUGCCUUCAGACUACAAAGAGCGGCUGCAGGAGCUGUUCCCCAUCGUCUGUGACACCAUCUCAGCUUCUUCCUACGAUGCCGCCCUCAGCGUGCUGGGUGUGCACAUCGCGCCGAUCGUGGCAUUCCGAGAAAAAGUGAUCCACACACGGCAGUUGCUGCGGGAUGCCGGCGCUGAAGUCCCCCCGCAACUGCAGCACCAUCCCCUGGAAAAGUUCAUCGCGACAGCCAAGUGUGGAUCCCUGAACAAUGUGCCAGGGAAGCACGGAAAGAUCGAACAGGCCUGCAGAGACCUCGACGUCGCCCGCGAGAAGGUUCUGGCGGACGUUAACUUCUCUCCGUCCUUCGUUCAGCGAGUCGCGGAAGUGGAGGCGACUUUCGCGGAGCGCGUGAGCUGUGCAGGAGAGACAGAAGAUGUGCAGAUGCUUCAAAACUUCUUUGUCCAGCUGAUGGACGACGCAACAAAGAACGCGGGCAUCGUCCGGUACUGGAACACGUUCAUGUCUGCGAGAGAAAAGCUUUUUGAUUCCACUGCAAUCGAACCGCUUACUGAAACGGUGCUCGCGUCAGUGCUGCACAAACUCGCUCUGCACGCUCGCGCAGGCAGUUUGACAGAUGAGCUCGACCGAUCCGUCUAUCCUACCGUCUGCCGGUUCAUGUCCUACGUAAGGCGCGCGAGGGGUGUGAAGACGGCAGUCGACUUCUGUCGACGCCUCCCAGAGGGUCGACCUAUUCUGCACCGUUUCUUCCACCAAAGUAAGAGGAAUCAGAUCAUGCGUCUCGAGCUGAACAGCUUCUCGUUUACGCGAGGCCCAAACGCGUUGUGGAUGGAAGACUUCAGUGAACUGAACAACACCAGCGAAACGCUCUACCCUCCGCACAACGCUGCAGUCAUCAGCUUCUUCCGCAUGGUUCGCGAUGCGAGCUCGACGCCGCGGACUACGCCUACAGACCCGCCGUCCGUUCGGAGGCCCUCAGCUUUGGCCAGAAAUCUGGCAGAAGUCGCAGAUCUCGUUCUGGACAAGCUGCGAAAGAAACGGAACACGAUGAGCAAGUGGAGCAAACGACUAAUAAAUUCAAUCCUAAGAAUCGUCGACGCAGCUAUUAUGCUCGCCAUCAAGGCCGUCCAGCGAUUCGCAUCCACCUCCAAGCGACAGAUCGCUCUGGCUCGUGAGGAAAUCAAAGUCCAGCGUGACCUCCAGCGGCGCGUCACUGCGGCCUCUCAGCAGGACAGCGCGCGCGAGCGAGAUGUCUCAGCAUCGAAUCAGCACUCAACUGCGUCCUUCCAUGCAGAGCCCGAGCAGUCACUUCAUUCUGUGGCGAUGGUUCAGAUGAGUGUCACGCCUGUCACCUCAAUUCUCUACAAAAAAGUAUCGGCUGAGCUUCUAAAGGUUCACCGCUACUCUCCUGGAUGGAUUGCGUCGGCGCUGGGCACUAGCACUAAAGAAACCGCGAUUCUUCUGCGCACCAAAGCGACUGUCCCUGGUUCUGUGAAAGACAUUGCAAUGUCCACGUGCGUCAACAUCUUUGACAACAUCGUGUUGCCUACGCUGACAAAACCGAACGUCCUCGCCCCCGAGACCAUGAUUCGGAACGGUCUCGCGCAGUUGACCCGGGCGCUUCACUACGCGGUUAUGCCGAACCUUGGAGCAGUGGAGGAAAAAUUUAAGAGAGCGCGCACGAAAGACGGGAUGCUGCCCAUUUUAGUCCUCGUUCACGGGAUCGUGCUGUCGGCCGUCACUCAGCUCGAGGCCCUCAUGCAAGACAACAAGUGGCAAACGGAAAUGGUCCGCCUGGUGCAGGAACUCAUCCGAAAUCUGAGCAGCUCGUUCAUCGGACUGGUCAAGAGAUUUCGUAUUGCCGACGCCUUGUGCGGAAUUACUGAUCCUCUUCUCGACGCGAUCGCAGAUGCCGUCGAGAGGAAUGCUGGGUCGUUCGCUCACCUGUUGACAGACAUUAUGCAGGUCGACACUUUCGGUUCGCUCAUCAAUUUUGUCCAGGCCCAGCUGUUGAAGGAACUAAGGCUUGCUGCUGACUCUGGGGAGGUGCAUAGUCUUCUAGAGAUCCUCUCCUCAACCGGUUUCCUAAAUUUGCUAGCAGACGGAGCCAAAGGACUCUAUUACGUAUAUCAUAAAGAGAAACUGUAA